UUUGAGCUAUGGCGAAAUUUCCCCAAUUCUGUAGAAUCGGACACGAGAUAGACUUCUUAUCUUUGAGCUAUAGAAAGCCAUGGGCAUCGGUAAGCUACACAGUCUGCGCUGAACUUUUGAUUAGUAAGAAUGGCUCGUUUUUUUCUCGGUCUGGUGCUGUGCCUCUUUCUUGCCUCCGCUCUAGUCCAGGCGGUUCGCUACAAGCCCUGUGGCGGCUUUUCCAAUAAGUCCUGUGUGCCACGCCAUUUUUGCCAAUUCAGGGAUGGCAGUAUUCCAAGAAACAGAGGAACCUCAGAGUGUCCAAGAACCCAUGCUUGCUGCCCCAACGCGAAUAUUAAUGAGGAGGCUGUACCAGCUCAAUUUGAGCACCGAAACCCUGAAGCAACCGUCAGUGCUGAAACUUCGACUGACACCUCACCAAAAAUCAUAUUUCUGCCGGUUACUCGUAUAAAUAAAAGUUGGACAGAAACUAACCCUUCCCCGGACCCACUGGAACAACCUCAAAUUACUUAUGGAGUACAUAAUUGGAGCCGAAACAAACGGAUCUAGAUGAUGCCGAAGCUGUUCGUUCGACUUCAGGGUAUGAGGG